GCGGCGCAGAGCUGCGCCUGCGGUGGAGACUCGGGGACCGCGGGAGGCGCUCGGAGCCGGGACUGCAGCCGUGCCGGCGCGGCUUCCAGAGACCCCUUUGCACAGGGACAUUCCAGCCUUCUCUCGGGGCCUUCCCCGGACAGCUUCUGCGAUGACGGCCCUGGGCGCAGUGGGAGCCGCCCGGGUCUUGGCCGCGCUGGUAGCGGCCGCCCUCUGCGGUCACCUCCAGCUCGGAGUGAGCGCCACCUUGAACUCGGUUCUCGUCAAUUCCAACGCCAUCAAGAACCUGCCCCCGGCGCUGGGCGGCGCUGCGGGACACCCGGGCUCCGCAGUCAGCGCGGCCCCAGGGAUCCCGUACGAGGGCGGCAACAAGUACCAGACCAUUGACAACUACCAGCCCUACCCAUGCGCGGAGGACGAGGAGUGCAGCACGGAGGAGUACUGCGCCAGCCCCACCCGCGGAGGGGGCGCGGGCGCGCAAAUCUGCCUCGCCUGCAGGAAGCGCCGAAAACGCUGCAUGCGCCACGCUAUGUGCUGCCCCGGGAAUUACUGCAAAAACGGAAUAUGUAUGCCUUCUGAUCCCAAUCAUUUCCAUCGAGGGGAAAUUGAAGAAACCAUUCUCGAAAGUGCUGGUAAUGAUCACAGCACCGUGGAUGGAUAUUCUCGAAGAACGACGCUUUCUUCAAAACUGUAUCAUACCAAAGGACAAGAAGGUUCCGUCUGUCUCCGCUCUUCGGACUGUGCCACGGGGCUGUGUUGUGCUAGACACUUCUGGUCCAAGAUCUGUAAACCGGUCCUAAAAGAAGGGCAAGUGUGCACCAAGCACAGGAGAAAAGGCUCCCACGGGCUGGAGAUAUUCCAGCGUUGUUACUGUGGAGAGGGUCUGUCUUGCCGGAUACAGAAGGAUCACCACCAAGCCAGUAACUCUUCCAGACUCCACACCUGUCAGAGACACUAAGCCAGCCAUCCAAACACUGUGGACUCCUUUUCUAUAAUAGAUGCUAUGAAACUUUGUGUGACUUUUGUCAGCUCAAUCCUAAAGGAUGUACAAAUUCUGUGGUUCUGAUUAAGCAUUCCAAUAAUACCUUCUGAAAAUCUGGAGUGUAAGAGCUUUGUUUCUUUAUGGAACAACCCUGUCAUUGAUUGCAGUAAAUUACUGUGUUGUAAAUUCUCAGUGUGGCACUUACCUGUAAAUGCAACAAAACUUAAUUAUUUUUCUAAAGGUGCUGCAUUGUCUAUUGUUUUUCUUGUUAUGUAAAUUUUUGUACACAUUGAUUAUUAUCUUGACUCUAAUAUUCUAUAUUGAAUUGAAAUAAAUAAUUUCAGCUUAUACUUCCUAAAUGCUUACACCCUUUUCCCUUUAAUUCUAGACUCUAGAACACAAGGAGCUUUUGGAAUGACAAAUGAUAGGUAUCUAAACUUGAUCAUGGAAAUACUAGCUUAUUUUCUGAAAUGUUCUAUCUCAGUGCUUAGAUUAUAUU